ACUGCCACUCGGACGCGUGUGUAUAAUGCGUGUGCGUGCGUGCGUAUGUACGUGCAACGUGUGCCAUUUUAUCGCGUGCACGACAGCGAAUGUUUCUCACGCGACGUUUCUCGUUCUCGAAGAGAGUCCGUUUUUCGCGCGAUGCACCGCGUGUGCUCUUGCGUGUCGUCGUCUUAUUAUUCUUAUUAUAUUGUCCGCUGUAGCCGUCGUUUAUAUGGCCAUUAUGGCGAGAGAUCCAUGUCAACCGCCUCCCCCUGGCACAGUUGUCUUCUCCCUUCUCCCUAUUUUUCUCCCCCCUUCGUAUAUCCCCUUCUACUUCUUACCAACCCGCCUUUUAAUCCCGCAUUUCCCGCUCUCGCGUUCGGAUCCCUAUGCCCUCUCUGCUUAUCCCCCCUCCUCCCCCCUUUUUCGCUCUGUCUGGCAUCGCGACGCUAAUUAUGGUGGAUAUAUCGGCCGGGGGCGACAUUUUGUUCGUUCGUUCACACGCACGCACGCAACGCACGCAUGCACGCACAUGCCAAAAUGGAUAUUGCCGUCGACGGCGUCCGCACUGGGAUCGAUAUUCGCGACGCUUUUUAUUCAGGCGACGGGGCCUACAGAACCCUAUCUUACCGUGCGAGUUGCUUUGCGUCAGAAGCUUCACACUCUUUCUCUUUCUCUCGCUCGUUCCCUGCUUUUUCCUCUCACUCGUGCCUCUUCCGCGCUUCUCUAUAUAUCCCUUAUUCUUUCUUCCCUUUUUCUCCCCAAAAGUAAUAUCGAACUCCAGGUAUCGCGCUUACCCUACUGAGCCACAUUUCAAGUUGGAAUGCACUUUGAUAUCCCACAUUCCGAUUGCGUUGUUGACGCAAUUGCUGUUAAGUCGAUCAUAAACAUAGAUUUUCAAUUGGACAAAGAAAGUAAAUAUGUUCUCUAAAAGUUUGUACGAUAUCUGGCUUAUUCUAGGAAAACAGUCGACGAAAGCAACCAUUUUGUGGUGCAAACUUAACGAUAUUUAAAGUUAACUAUGACGAAAUAUAGAUAUUAGAACAUCGUGCAGCUGGUUUAAUUAAAUUUCCUAAUAAAGCAUUAUUAUACACGAGAUGUUCUCGUAUGUAAGAAACUUUCACGUGUCUUCUAUCGAAAGCACGUACCAAUAGACGCGAUUUCUUUUCGAUACACAAUGGAACAGCCAUACAUUAGACAUAUAACCUAUAAAUGGUAUUUCGUUAAUUUUUCAAUUCCCGCAAUAAUAAAACCGGAGGAAUGUUCCGCCAAUAACUAUAUUCGAUCAAGAUUGAAGCAUCAAACUUGAUAUCAAGUGAAUAAAUUACCAAAUAUUGAUUAGAUCAAUAAAACCAUAUGCCUGUUCUAUUCCAUCGCGUACUGGAAUUGCGUGAUGUGUAAUUAUCCGAUAUAUCCGUUAUUUCGCGCGACGCCAAUAAGAAUACACAACGAACGGUUGAUUAUUUUUGAGGAACUUACUUUGUUAUGCCAAACGAUAGUCCCUACGGACACAGUCGCGAAGAAACGUGCGGCACGGUGCACUUCACACUCUCAAGCAGCUGCACAAUAACCUCGCUAGUGACGAUUAUUUCAGCGUCGUAAUGUGACAAGGGCACUACAAUGAAAAAAUUAAAACCAAUGUGAAUAUAUGUGUAAAAUGGCAACAAAAAGAGAAUGCAGUUGAACAUUGUCAGCGACGGAUACUUCUUUUUCUAAUAGAGUGUCAGUACUCUAAUUUCGAAAGGGCUUAAGGAAACAUGACAGAUGUUAAACCAAUUGGAAUUUCGUCAUCUCAACAACCUCAACAGCAGCAACAGCAAUCACAACAGCAAUCUCAACAGCAGCAAAUGAUGAUUGCCACCCAUGAAUUACAACAACAGAAUGUACAACAGUCACAGCAAUCGCAACAACAUGUGCAGCAACAACAACAAUCAUCUCAGCAAGUACAACAGCAAUCUCAGCAGGUGCAGCAGCAACAAGUGCAGCCGCAACAGCAGACACAGCAACAAAUGCAGCAGCAGCAACAGCAGCAGCAAACACAACAAAACAAUGGGCAGCACAAUGUUGUUCCUACUCAAGUUCAAGUGCAGUCACAGGUAGCUGCUAGUAUGCCGCAACAACAGUUGCAAGGUGCUGUCGCGGUGUCAAUGCAGCAUCAUCAGCAGCAGCAAGGUGGUGUGUCCAUGACCUUAUCAGGUCAACAGGGCGCCACCACCAUAACUACUAUGGCUGCACAUCCGCAAGCUGUCCAAGUGAUUCAACAGCCAAUACAGAGUCAAGCUUAUCAUUUACAACAGUUGUACAAUACUCAAGGCACACCUCUGAUAAUGCCAGGAAAUCUGGCUCUCCAUCCAGCGGGUAUAAAUCCUUCUUCUAUACAGGUGAUAACGGCUGGAAAGCCAUUUCAAUCUGCAGCUCAAUUGACUCCACACAUGUUGACCACUGCAUCAACAGCUGGACAAGGCGGUGCGCAUCCAGCUGCUGGUGGUACGAAGGUUCAAGGUUUUCCCGCUGGUUACUUACCAGUACCCACUUCGGCUACUCCGGGAGCGGGUCAGACAUUGGUGUUUGGCCAACUGGAUGUACUAGGUUCUCCACAACCUCCACAGUCAUUGCAGCAACAACAGCAGCAGCAAUCUACCAACAAACAAGACUCAGUUCAAAAAUACACAACAUGCGCUGCUGGGACACCAUCAGGCGGAAGAAGUACCGGUAUGCAGUUCGCGCCAUGGCAAUUCGCACCUCAAGUAUGGACUGCGGGAUUACAACCACCGACAAUUCUCACCGCUGCACCGAAUCAAAUUUUCCUUAGAGGUCCGACACAGCCUGAUAUGUUCAUACAGAGUCCUCAGCCGAUUCAAGCUCACAAUGCUCUAGCAACGCAACAGCAAAUCCACGGUGUGCAACAGAUCGCAGCAGCCAGCGGAAAACCUAAAGUGAUGGACAUUCAGCAGCAGCAGUCGCAACAGACUAAGCCGGGUGUAACUGCGCAGCGGCCGUUGAGCAUUUUACCUUCUUCUUUGCAAGUACAAGCUGCUAACAUACGUGCAGCUAGUUCUGUUUCCACGCAGACAGUUCACGGAGUUCAAGCUACGGUACAAGCACAGAGUGGUAAGACCACUGGUAGUACUGGAAAAGGUCGUAAACCUAUGCAGGCACCACAACAACAGCAGCAGCCACAGCAGACUGCACCAUCGAUACAGCAUCAGCUUGUCUUCAUACAGCAGAAACAACACACGCAACAGCAGCAGCAGCAGCUGCAACAGCAAUAUCAACAACAAGUGCAAUCUGCCCAGCAGCAAAUACAACCUAAACCUAUCAUGACAAAUAUGACGCUGCAACAACAACAACAACCCGGUGUAGUUUUGGGUGCGGAACGUCCUAUCAUGCCAGUUGUAUCAGUGGGUGGAGUUGGGGUCGGAGUUGCCACUACAUCACAGAUGAAUCAGGUGCCACAGACUGCCAUGUCAACUGUGCAACAGCUUCCUUUAUCGGCUAUUAAUCCAGCAAUUAUAGGUAAUCAAAUAUUGAGUGGAGCGUCGCAAGUUCAGGCAAUGCCGAUCGUGAAUGCGACGCAAGAUCAGCAAACGCAGGAUAACACUAAUUCAACGGUGAUGAUUGCAUCGCCAGAGCGUAAUUCCUCGCAAGCAGAAUGUUCAUUGAUGCCCACUACGAAUUCAUUGAUAGGGAACGAUGAUACACUAAAGACGUUACUGUCGAAGAAAGACGAAGUGUGUGUCACCGCGGAGGAAAUCGCUAUACUUCCGAUAGAAAUAGCAGAUGGGGACCAAUGUAAACUGAUACUAAAAGAUGACGAAGUAAUUGUCCAGAAAAUAGAAGAGAAACAGUGCAACAAUCCGUUAGCAGGUCUUGCCAACGCUGUGAACGCGAUUACGAAUGGAGUGAGCGGCGAUGAAUCAUCGAAUAUGCCGGCCUCUGUACCAGCUCCAGUAAACAGUAAACAAGCACCACCCAAAGCUAUGGUGAAGCCGCAAGUCCUUACGCAUGUGAUAGAGGGAUUCGUAAUACAAGAAGCGUCAGAACCGUUCGCAGUAAGUCAAGAUAAUAAUAACACUCUUAAUCGGAAUAACACGGCUACGGAAAGAGAGGCUCUUGAGGAACCACCAAGAAAGAAACACAUUCCUAAUUAUCCAAGUGAAGAGGACGAAAGCAGCAAAACGACGAGUAAAUGUGAAAAUUGCGACAAGAUAAUCGACGAUCAGAACAUCAAGCUGAAGAAAGAAAAGAGAUUUUGCUCGUCACUGUGCGCAAAAGGCAAAAAGCACGAAUCGCAUGAUCGCGAUAUUAAGCUGGAGAAACAGUGGACCGUAGAGAGUGAAAAUAAAACGGUCGAUAAUGAUGUAACGAAAAAGAACGGCGAGGAGAGAAUGAGCACCACUUCCUCCAUCGAUGAAUCAGUGCCGAAAGUGAACCCGAUUAAAUGGACGGUGAACGAAGUGUGCGACUUCAUACGUGGUUUACCAGGAUGCGCCGAUUACGCGGAGGAUUUCGCUAUUCAAGAGAUCGACGGUCAGGCUCUUAUGCUACUGAAGGAGGAUCACCUCAUGUCCGCUAUGAGUAUCAAAUUAGGUCCUGCACUGAAGAUUGUAGCCAAGAUCGAUUCAAUGCGCGUAGACACGAAUUCUAGUCCCACGUCGAACAGCUCGUAACUAGGCUCAGCCGCAGAAAGCGGCCACUUCUAUGGUGUUGAUUUCUAGUUUACGGGCUACAGGGUUUUGUGCAAGUGCUCGACCGGAUAUAAAAUUUAUAAGAUUAGCAGUUUCAUGAUAACAAUAGAGAUUUAAGCGAAAACAUCGGUGAAAGUGAACCUCGUGUCAAAGUGUAUCGUAGUGUGUCGAAAUGUGUUUCGUCAGACUUUCUACAGCGCUCGCGGAUACACGUUGUUUGACUGACAAAACGGUUUGUACGAUUUUAUUUUACUCUUUUUUUUUUAUAAGUUUUUUCGUAAGAAAGCUGUACGUGAAAUGAUGAUAAUAACAAACGUUGUUCAUCUUACGAACGAGAUAAGAAGACUUCGUGUCAUCAUUGUCGUCAAAAUCGAGACAUUCAUAAGUUGCAAAGAAACUCUGAUUUUCUUUAUGGAUGUCCGUUCUUUACGGGACACGUCUUACCAUAAUAUCUCCUUGUUUAAUAACGAGGAUGUUUAUUUUAUGACGAAGAAUAAGAGGAUUUAUGUGUACUGUACGUACAUACAGAAUGUUUGCAAAUAGCACUUUCAAAAAGUGUUCAGUCAAAUAGUCUUCGCAUAAGAAUAACUUUUCUAAAGAUCGAAUCUCGAUCGCAUGUUACUUGAAGAGCAUCGUCCUAUACUAUUGGUUCGAUAUAAUCAAUUCUCUGACGAAGAGUUUAGCUACAUGCUGUGACGUGACAAUUUUCAGUCGUUCGUUACACAAUAGCACGAUCGUCUUCGAAAUGCUUUGCAUUCAACAGAGAGAACAAAUUUUACGACUGUUAUGAGAUUUUCUGCUGAAUGUGCGUUCGCAUUUCAUAUGUUCACUAAACAGUCGCUAUUAUUUCUAUCUUCAAUAAUUAAAGGUACAUUUAGUGAACGCAACGUGUGUUGUAAAACAUUAGUAAAUACAAUCUAACAAAAUAAUAGCGUUCAGGAGAAUUUCAAAUUACCGAUGGCACGGCUAUACGAAGCUCGUUGAUAUAGUGACUUGACUUCUACUGAACACAACUAUAGGCUAUAUAACAGUUGAGUAAGUAUUUACAGUCAUUAAAGUAUUCUUAUAGAUUUAUCAUGAACUUGAUGAUUUAUCAUAAACCUAAAAAUAUAUCUCUCAAUCAGAAUAAUAACUUAAUAGUACUGUUGAGUUACAAUAGUAACUCAAUAGUGACUCAACGAUUGCAAAGCUAAAUGCACCCAUUGAUACUGUAGUACAUUAAGUGUUAUAUUUACACAAGCAGUCAUGCACGAGAUAGAAUUUAUAUCGACUGAUAUUCAAAGACAUGUACAUAAAUUAUCGAUAAUCAUGCGCAGAGAAAAUAAAGCAUAAGGAAUUUCAUUUUAUACAUAUUCACACGAUAUCUACAAACGUCUCUCCGGAGAUUUGCGGAAUCUGGUGAAAUAAUUGCUUAGAAUAUACAUAUAUACAUGUGCACUAAAAACAUGAAUGAAAUUAUACAGGGUAGCGUAAAAAAAGCAAACGGUUGUUAAACAUUUACAAAAAUUUUAUUCUCAAAUUUUCAAUUUAUUUCGACAUGGAAUUAUGAGGUAUAAUUUACGAAGAUUUUCCCUGAUCUUCUUUAUAAGAGGUUUGAAAAGAAAAAGAAAAAUUAAAUUUAAAAAGUUAUUAAUUUUUUAAACCAGUUUGUUUCUUUUACGCGCCACCUUGUAUUAUAUACGUAUAUUCUGAAAGCAAAAAUUGUACUGUCGACGGGAACAGAGUACAAAUUGCGUCUACAUUACGCAGUAGAAAACACUGUACAUACAAAGCAAAAACAUACAACGUAUUUUGUAUUCAAAAAUAUAAAUACUUGUGGUGUGAUGUAUAAAAUGCAUUGCCUUUUGUACGAUUUACCAGUAGUUUCGCGACAAUAUCUGACGUCUACCUGUCUCUUCCUUUUUAAGCAUUACUUUAUCACUAAUUCAUAUUAAAUUUAUAACACAAAAGUGUUUGUCAUAUUGUCAUAUAGAAGAUUGCUUAUCAUAAUACAUUCGUAUGCACAUUAUUGUAAAUGUCACAUUGCAUACUCGAUUGAUAUAUACGUGUAAAUAGUAAACUAAAUGUUUAUUUAAUAUACAGAUUUUUUAUAUAAUACGAAAACUUAGUUAUGUUGCUAAAAAUUAUUUUUCCAGUCUCGUGAAUCUUAGUUUCUUAAUGAAAAAAUAAAAGAUAUAAAUGACUAUCGUGCGUGUAUAAGAAUUUAGAUUUCCGUCGUUAGAGAUAUGAUAGCAUAAUUAUACGAUAAGUCGAAAAAAAGUUACAUUACCUUCAAUGUUGAACGACGUCUUUUCAGCGAUAAAAAGCAAAACGAAAGCUUAUCACCUUGCUAUAUCUUCGAUAUUCAAUAUUAAUAUCAUACUGAUCGUACAAAAUUCAAUGAUGUUAAGUAUUCUAAAGAGGAGCAGACAUUACUGUUUUUAUAUAUGUCUCUUACUGUAAGAUUAAUUUUAUACUUUAAUAUAUUGUACAAGGCAGCCGCAAAAUGUGUUCUAAAUUCAGUACUCAUCAUUACGUUUUAAGUACCCGGUGAUUUGCUAUGCAUUUUAUACAGACAUUAAAUGUAUAGUUUUAGUAUAUCCUUUUGUAUUUUAAGAAUAUUUUAGUGAAGGAGGCAAUAUAAUGCUCAAAGAUACUUGUAUAUUAUGCAUUAUUGAAUUUGCCCCGCGCUUUUAUUCAUGCCUAUGAUAAAAAAUAGAUUAUAUGUGUAAAAAAAGAUAGAAGAAAUAGUUUCUGAAAUUAUAAAAUUCAACAAAAUUAAGAUUCUAUAAAAGCCGUGAAAUUAUUAUAAUUCUAUAAAAAUUAUUACGAUUCUAUAAAAGCAUUAAAUUUAUAUAUAUGUGUGUGCGUGCGUGUGUGUGUGUACACAUAUAUAAGUGCAUUUUAAUUGUAAUAUUUCAAUGUAGAUGUAUACAUUAUAAAUAAUAUAAUGCAUUGUCUGAAAUAUCUGCACUGAUAUAUUACAAUAAAGUGUAUUUAGACCUAACGUGUGGCUUUUAUAGACUCUUAAUAAUUAGAUUGUGAACAUCAUUCUAUGCACCGUACUUUCUCAUUGUAUAAAAAUUUCUUAUCUCAGGUCCGAUUGCGCCAGAAAUGAUUAUACAUUUGUAUAAAAUAAACGAAUUUUUUGCUCGAUUUCGACAUUCUGGGCGAGGUUUAGGCAUUUAGAUUAAUGCUUAUCAGAACUGACGCAAUCGGACCUUGAAUGUCAAAAUUCAGACUAAAAAUUGAAAGGUUCAAAAUUUCGCAUUAAUCUCAACGAAGUUUCGAAGUAACUCAGGGCCAAAUAUUUCAUAAUAUACUUUUUAUACAAUAGAAAUAAACUCUGCUGACGUAAAGCCAAAUUAUUAUUGUAUAUUUGUGAGUAAGCAGGUAAUAGUAACUAUAACCGAAAUUACUUGAAUAAAAUAAAUACUAUGAAUCAUGA